CGAAGAGCACACAUGGCUGGCGUCUGCAGAAUCCUCGUGGUGGCCGCGGUUGUGGUCGCCGCGCACACAAUGGUGGCGCUGCCUCAGGGCUUCACCUGGCACCAGAGCCACCAGAUGCUGUCCGUGGGGCAGCCUCAACUUCAGCAGCUGCCUCCAGCUCCGCCUCUGCCCCCUCAGCUGGUCCUCCUACUGCUUCACUGGUACCCUGUGAGCCUACCAGAGACUACAACUCCAGAAGCCACGGAGCCACCAGACCAGCAGAAAGGAAUAAGUGAAAGUUGGCAGGGUGGUGUGGAGUCGGAUCAACAGACAGAGUCUCCGACGAUGACCACAAAGACGGUGGCGACGGCAGACAGUGGGGCUGCGGUGGUAGCCAGAGCUGUCAUGGACACGACGACGCGGAAGAAGGGCCUGCUGAGCUUCAUCAACGUGCCGGACAUCCCGUGCCCUGAGGGACAGCUGCGCGACUCUGCGGGAAACUGCCGCGACGUCUGGUGA